AUGCACAAAAUGACAAUUGAUGUGUCUAGCCCAGCGGCCUAUUCACCAGCUGAAACAGCAGAGCUCAUCUGCAGGGCUGGUGUAAAAAAGGGAAGAUCGAGACCUGACAAAGUCUUUUUAUCUGGAAUUUCUGGAGGAUGUAUUCUUUCUUUCGGAUGUGCUGUUUCAUUGACCGUUUUGACGGCGCCGUGGUACCAGGAGAAUGCACCGGGCUUGAUCAAGAUUAUUGGAGCCAUGGUGUUUCCGUUGGGUUUGGUGACGGUCAUAUUGACGGGUGCUGAUCUAUUUACUUCGACAAAUUUGUUCACCUUUGUUGCUGUCCUCAAUGGAAGAUUAUCAGUGUGGAGGAUGUUGUUGCACUGGUUCCUAUGCUUCUUUGGAAACCUCAGUGGUUGUCUCUUUGUCAUGGCAAUCAUUGUUGGCUAUGGAGGCAUCUUGGAUGGAGAAGCAUACAGAGAAGAAAUCAUCGCCUAUACAACAAAAAAACAAAUCACCCCCGAAGCCCACCAAAUCUUCAUCCGAGCCAUUGGAUGUAACUGGCUCGUUUGUCUAGCUUGUUUCCUCGGCGUACAAGCUAAAGACCUAACAUCAAAAGUCAUUGGCAUGUGGAUUCCCGUCUUUGCCUUUGUUGCUCUUGGUUUCGACCACGUCGUUGCAAACAUGUUCUUCAUACCACUGGGUAUCUGGAUGGGCACACCUGGUUUGACCAUCGGCCUGUAUAUCUGGAAGGGCAUGAUUCCUGCUUUGUUUGGUAACAUUCUUGGCGGUAGUUUGUGCUGCGGUGUGUAUUUCUGGUGGAUGUACUUGGCGGAUGUAGAUGAUGAGCAUGAGCCUCAAGACAAGGGUAUUCUUUCCCACCCUGGGCAUGACAUUCCAUCAGAUGAAGAGAGUCAGAUGGAGUCACGGUAG